AUGGCGGCAAAGGUUGAGCUUGGAAGUUGCAACUUUCUAAGAUCGAACGUUAAUUAUUUACAUCAAAGUCUUCAAAUAUACGGACAAAAGGACCCAAAUGUACAGCAAUACAGGCUAGUCUGGACUGAUGGACAAAGCGUAUGGAUACUGCCUGUGAAUUUCCAAUCUAACGGAAAAGAAACUUCAUGUACUACUACAUCAGCACAGGAGCCAUCUUUAGUUGGAGAAUUUGACGGCUUUGUGUUUGGCGUCUCGUGUAGUGCAUUGACAUGGGGAUCCAAUGGAUAUUUUAUUUCAGUUAUUUUGAAAGAAAAGGUCGUUGUUUUGUUCAGGCAACCUGAGAAAACUGUGGUCAAGGUCGUGAAAGAGUACCCUACAGUAUUUGUUCCUCAAUGCUGCGAGUGGCAUCCCUAUCAUCCAAUCUUAGCUGUGCUGUGUAAGACUUCAGCAAUGCUUUUAUGUUUUUCAGAAGAACUAGAUUGUAUCGUGGUUCCAGUCCAAGCUUCUGACAGGUGAUUAACAUUUAACAUUACUAUUGAUCAAAUUACUGCUGCAUAAACUUACAUAUUGUAAAGAUCUAUAAUCCGAAGUUUGUUUAUUUAGACGGUAAGAAUUCCCCUUUAACUGAGUGCAAAAAUCCCAAAAUGUUCUACAUUUGAUUAUGAACUAACUUUUACCCCUAAAGCUCUGUUGGUAAAGUACGUUUUGUAGAGGAAGAAAGGAAAAAAGAACUUCUUUACUACCAUAUAUGGGCUAUAUAGGUAUGUGCCGCUGUGAAGGGUAUGGUUUUCAAGCAGUUUACUCUAGGAUAGGGUAUAUAAAUCAGAGCGUUUGGGUCUACAAUAGGGUAUCAUUUUUCAGGAAACUGAUCGGUUGGUUGAAGAUUUUAUCUAGACUAGGGAUUGUGGUAUAAGGUUUUGUUUUGGCUAGACUGUGCUAGUGACCUCAGUGGUUUCUGGAAAACAGCUACCCUAGGAUAUGGGGGAUUUGGGGAGUUUACUCUAGUAUAGGGUAGCAAAAUUCAGCUGAAUUAGCUCUGGUAUAGGUUAAGGGUUCCAGGGUUCCAGCGGUACAUCCCAACCCAGAAAUUCUUAAAGUACCUCCCCCCCCCCCGGGAAUCUGGUCAGCUUGCAAAGAAAGUAGUGUAAGUACAGAAGAAGUGUGAAAUCAAUAAUUAGAAUUAUGCUGCUCAUCAAAAAAUUUUGGGGCUAGUUGAAAUGACAUUUGGGCUAGUAAAUGCUAGCUUCAAGCUGUAAAAUGACUUUCUUUGCACCCUGCAUCUGGUAUUGCUUUAUACAAGGAUAGGGUACUAAGAUCUUAAUUUUAUUGGUGCUGUAUUUAACAAUUAUUCUUAGAAAUCAAGGUGAAUAUUGGCAGAAUGCAGCAAGGUAAAUAUUUCUAAAGCCACUAUUCACCAAGAUUGAAACAGUAAUAUCAAUAAUGUCACACUUUCUGUCCUGUUUGCUUACAGCCACAAUAUCUGGUCUUCCAUCUUCUAUUAUCAUUAUUAUUAUUAUUAUCUCUUUUAUCACAGUCUUUGCUGGUGUUCUUUUUGUGCAUCAGCCGGGUGCAAACCAUGCACCUAGAGUGUCAUUCACUCAAGUCAAUCAUUCUGUUCAUACACUGAGCACCUUUCUGAGGAUUCGUGUAGAUCCCAGCAUGCAGAUCUUUUGAAUCUCUGUCAUAGUAGCUCUCUCUGAUACUUUCUUGAUGUUUUCUACCAUACCCUUCUUUACUGUGCGUACAUUUUGUAAAACUGUGAUUGCUCAUAAUAUCAAGUUGACAACACUUGAAGCAGAACUACAGGUACAUUUAUGUAACCAAGCGACCUAACUUAAGUUAAUUCAAUUCAGAAUUUUACAGACUUGUUCUUGGAGUAAUGAUGGCAGAAGUCUUGCGGUAGCAGUAGAGGAAAGUUUAUGCAUUUUUACAUGGACAGAAUUAAGGGAACCUAAACAGUUUUCCUUUGUUCAGUGGAAUAGUCUGGAGCUGACAGGGAAGAUAAAAUGCAUUGUCACAUGGCAAUCUUCAUCUUUUAUAGUUGCUACAGAACUUCCUUUGGACAAGCUUUGUGGUAUUAAUAAAACUGAGAGAGACUUUUUUGAGGUUGAAAAUGAAAGCCAAACUUAUCAAAGUGGACCAGACUCCUUUGAUAAGAGCUUGGAUGAUGCUGAACAUCCAGUUCUUCUGCAAAAAAAAAAUCAUGAGCUACCUUCUAUGUUAAAGUUGAAGCCAAGAAAGCUUGAGCUAGAGCAACCAGUAGCUUUGGCUCAAGUUAUUGCCAUUUGUUGUGAGGGUCCCAAGCCAUAUGAGAUGUGCAGAACAAGUAUCCAAGGACUUAUUUCACCUGAUUUGCUCUUGUUUCAGGUUUGCAUCUAAAGUAAAAUAGAUUAUUAUUUUCCUAUUUAGAACUUUAAUGCCUUUUACCUGCUCCAUACUCAUGUCUAUUCAUUGUGCAAUGAAGGUCUGUUUUACAGCUUGCCUGAGUUAGCAUUUACUAGCCCAAGAGUCUUUUUAACUAACUCUUUCUCUCUAGCCCAAUAGCAAAAUCCACUAGCCCUGGACUAUCAUCAGAUAUAACUUUUUUUGCCCGCUGCUAUAUUUCAGAGACUAAAAAAUUAAUUAGAGGUCGAGUGGUUAUUUGAGUUUACACCGUCUUAUAGCCAGCCUAUACAUGUACCUUCAUGUGUGACCACCUCUCUUAACCUUUGUAACUCCCAAGAGUGACCAACAGCAAUUUUCUGGUAACUUUAUCAUUCCAUAUUCAAGAGAAAAGGUUGGGAGAACUAAGAAAAUGAUCAUCUAAGGGAAAUAAUUUGCUUUGAUCUUUUAUCAGUUUCUCAUUUGGGGAGCAAGGGUGGCAUAGUGGUGAGAGCAUUCACCUCCCACAAGUGUCGCCAAAGUUCAAAUCCUGGCAUCAAUGUCAUACGUAGGUUGAGCUUGUAGUUGGUGAUCAGGCUAUGAGAGUUGACUCUAGUGGUGUAACGAUUAAUUGAAUUCUCGAUUAAUUGUGAUUAUGAACGUUCGGUUCGAUUCACGAUUCUUUGCUUCCACAUUAUGUUAUGAGAAGUAAGGAACAUUUACAUAAUUGAAUCGAAAUACGCAAAAUCAAAUGGAAUCGUUACACCCCUAGUUGACUCCCCUCUUCUAAAAAACAAACAUUUUCAAAUUCUAAUUCCACCAAGAAUCUUGUAGUCAAAGAACCACUAUGUAAAUGUGCUACCUCUACCUCUUGUUACUUUUAUUAUUUAAUUUUUAUGGAAAUGUAUAAGAUCAGUUUGGAGAAUUAUUUGUAAGAGGAUAAUUAUUGGAACUUGAAGGGUUAGGCAAGAGGAGGUACAUGUAUAAUGACAAAAUGCUUUUUCUUCUUUUCUCUCAUACAGCCACUGACAAAAUCUGUUGUUGUAGGAAGUCAUUGCUGCAGCAAGCUUCACCACUAUUCUCUUCAUACAUCCACUCUGACUGGUAAAACUGAGUUUCAGGCUCAAAAGGAGGUGAUAGAACUGGAUCCUAACUAUAAACCUAAAGGAAUAUGCACAAUUCCUGGAGAUGGACAAAGCUUUCUUUGUUUACUUGGGAAAUCAAAAGAACCAGCUAACCUGACUGCUUUUCCACCAUCCACGAAUACUGACCAAAUAUGA